GCUUUGCGUGGUUUUCAGACUGCGGGACGUUGCGCACCGCCGCUGCUGUUCCUGCUGUGAACACACUGUCAAAAGCAAAGCAGAGAAAAGAGGAGAGAGGAGCGGGGGAGUCAGCUGCACUUCUUUCCCCCUUAUUCCCGCUGUGUUGUUGCGUGUUGUCGGUGUUUUUGCUUCACCGGGGCCCAAAUUCAAGCGUAUUGGCGACAGAAGCGGGUCAGAUGUUUCCACCCAGGGAUACAAAAUAAAACAGUGGCAUCAUCACCACCCUCAUUCGGAGAGAUGCCCUCCCCCUCCGCCUGACUGCCCCUCUUAGUUAAUCCAAUUCAGGAGAUCAUCUCUGCAACCCCUGCUGCCAGGUCACACCACCGAGACGGCGUUAUCCCAGCAAGCCAGCUCUGUGGUGGUAAAGAUGACCACGGCACGGUACCGUCCCACAUGGGAGUUGGCCGUGGACCCCCUGGUUUCCUGUAAACUGUGCCUUGGAGAGUUCCCUCUGGAGCAGAUGACCACCAUCACACAGUGCCAAUGUGUCUUCUGUACACUGUGCCUGAAGCAGUACGUGGAGCUCCUGAUUAAAGAAGGCCUUGAAAUUGCUAUUAGCUGUCCCGACUCUGCCUGUCCCAAAAGAGGACACUUACUGGAAAAUGAGAUUGAGUGCAUGGUGGCUACGGAGAUGAUGCAGAGGUACAAGAAGCUUCAGUUUGAGAGGGAGGUGCUGUUGGACCCGUGUCGGACUUGGUGCCCCUCCUCGACCUGCCAGGCCGUGUGCCAGCUUAAAGAAUCUGACUCUCCAGCUUUGCCCCAGUUGGUCCAAUGUGCUGUUUGUGCCCUGGAGUUCUGUUCAGCCUGUAAGGCCAACUGGCACCCGGGUCAGGCCUGCCAGGAGAGCAACCUGCCCAUCACCUCCUUCCUACCAGGAGAAAACAGCUCUUUUUUAAAGAAUGACGAUGAUGACGCUCCAAUCAAACGCUGUCCGAAGUGUAAAGUUUACAUCGAGCGGGACGAGGGCUGCGCACAGAUGAUGUGCAAGAACUGCAAACACGCCUUCUGCUGGUACUGUCUGGAGUCCUUGGACGAUGACUUUUUGCUGAUCCACUACGACAAAGGGCCCUGUCGGAACAAACUGGGCCACUCCAGGGCGUCUGUUAUCUGGCACAGAACACAGGUCGUGGGCAUCUUUGCUGGCUUCGGCCUGCUCCUGCUCGUUGCCUCCCCCUUCCUCCUCCUGGCCACUCCCAUAGUCCUCUGCUGCAAGUGCAAAUGCAGCAAAGGCGAUGACGACCCACUGCCAACCUAAACAUCGCAUCAAAGUUGACGUGGAGCCACUUUCAAGGAUCUUACUUUUGUCCGUUUCACCACGUUCCAUUCUCCUUCUCCCAGCAGCUUUUGGGAAAGCUUCAUUUCAUUAGGGCUCGGGCUGCACCCUCCCUGACUGCUUUGGGAUUCAUCGCUCUGUGAGGAGGCCAUUAAACAGUAGAUGUUCCUCUAAUGAGAGGCGCAAGGUCAAAGGUGAGCAAGAGUGAGACCAAGCGAACAUUGCGUCCAUGUUUGUAAGAUUUCGAUGGCUUUGGGGAUGUGCAGACGGUCUGUGCCGCCCUGUCAGGGUUUUGUCUCGUAUUUUGGUGGGAAACAUUAGAAGAUGCUUUUCUCUCGUCAGGAUCCACCUGAGGAAGAACUUUUACUUUUAUUGCUCUGUUUUGUUGGUUUGUUGUACAGACACUCGCACACACAAAAAAAAAGCUUUUUCUCUCCCAACACACACAUGUAGCUCCACAGAUUCAGCGUAGCAGAGGAGAGCUGCACCGCGCAUGUUGGGCGUCCGCUCGGGCGGCUGCUGUCACUCAACUCCCUGUACAGCACGUCCUCUCGAUGAUGUCAAUGUUUUAUAAUCUUACGCUUUUAAUAGAACCGUGCUAAGAGUCGUGUCUACGUGUUGUACCUUUCAGUCUUUUUCCAGCGAGCGUGUUAAAGAUGUAUUAUACGAAAGAGGAUUGCCACUCAACUAUGAAUACGAUGACUAUUUGGCUUUACCAUCAUUUAUUCCCAUAUGAAUCUUUCAAACGCCUCCAGAUAUUGAUCAAGCUGUUACUGUAAAUAAAUGCGGCGCUCCCCUUUUGAGUGCAGCCGUAGUUGAAUGCCUUUUUUUUAACGCUUCGUUAAAAAAUGAUGUCUCCUCUAACUCAGACCUAAGGUGAUGGUUUAGCCAAAUAGGAAUUUUUAGCCUUAAAUCCAGAAGAGCCUAAAUGAGGCAUCUCCCCCUGUGAGCAUCAAAUUCUAGUAAAUCCGGGGAAAGCAUGUUCAUUAGGCGUUCGUAAAGCCUCACAGACAGGAAGUGAAGCCCUUUACCUUCAGAUGAUUCUAUGAUGUCACCCAUAUGCCACUCUCUUCAUAGCUGCUGUGUACAAAAGCUCUUUAAUCGUGUUGUGGAUGCAUUUUUUUAAAGAAGCAUCUGUUCAGUCAUCGGAUCCAAAGUUCAAGCCCACCUUCUGUUUUUUUCAAGACUUUUAACAAACCCUUGCAAACUUGCAUAUGUUAGUGGUCAGAGUUUAGGAUUUGUUGGUUAUAUUUC